CUAUUGCAGCACCUUUCGAGUAUUUCGAUGAUCACGACCAACUCUCCUAUGACUUGGAUACCGAACAGUCAAAAGCUAAAUAUGAUACACGUUUGCUGUCUGAGCAAAUGCUGAAGUCGGAGAAAUCCACCGAACGUUAUGAAAGUGCUGACAGUCACAGUGCUGGUGGUGGGGGAAUUGGGGAGAGCGUUGUUGCCAAUUCGGAACUGGAUGACGACACUGAGACGGAAGCCGAUGCGGACGUAGAUGAUUUGCAACCGCAUGAACGUGCGGCAUCAUGUCACAACAAUGGCCACAAAUAUACACACGGUCAAAAGGUGCCACGAAUUGAUCCAUGUGAAGUGUGCCUCUGCAUGGAUGGCGAAAUAUUUUGCUGGUGGGAAUUAUGCGCCAAAAAGCCUACAAAUCAAAUCAAAAGCGACUAUCGUUCAAACUCACAGUUAGACACUUCAACUGCCAGAUUGAAUGAAAUGAGCAGCACUUCAGGCACGACAGCACAUCCCACCGUAGGCAUGAUGCAACAGCAACAACAGUACCAACAGUCACAGUCCUAUGCCACUAACCUAGAUGUAAGUUCAUCGAAACACGACAACAACAAAAAUUACCAACAACAAGUGCAGGAAACCCCCGCAGCUACUGCCUCCAUCGGUGGUACCAAAUCGUUGCAGCAUACCACGAAAUCAUGGCAAAAGAAGAAAACCUAUCAACAGCAACAAAAACAAAAGCACGAACAACAAAAACAACAUCAACACAAGCACACACAUACCAACGCAGCAGCAGCUGAAAACACGCCUUACUACACUUACCACCCAUCGUCGCCAGUGUCGGCUAGCAAAAUUCUGAGUUUCCCAGAGAAUUUGCCAUCGGUGUUGUAUCACGACUAUCGUACCGAAGAGCAUCAGCAUCACCAACAUCAACAUCAUCAGCAGCAUUUGAAGCAUCAGCAAAAGAAGCUCCAACUACAAAUACAACAUCAGCAGGAGCAACAACAAAAACGCAAACAACAAUUGCAACAACAUGGGCACCGCAGCGCUUGGAAAAGCAACACCCAUCAGCCAACACUGUAUCAACACGAUAUUUUUGAGGCAAAAUCAGUAGGAGCGAGUGCAUAUGCCUCAUCGCCGUCAUUGUAUGUCGGCAGCGACAACAGCGACAACGGCUACAUGGGCUUCAACGCCGACUGGGGACUGGUGGGCGGUAAUGAAAAUGUCUACGAUGAUACGGAGAUAGACAGCGACAUUCUGCCUGAGCCACCCACAAAGAAACCGAAAAUGACAGCGACAACAAGCGCCGUCAUGGCAACAAUGAUUGCUACAGCAACAACAAUGAAGGAAGCAACCGAUGGCCUGGCUGUAGGAAACACAGAUUUAGGUACAGCUGCGACAGCAGCUGCAGGCACUCGUGCGAAUGUUGAUAUUACAGGAGGCGUUGGUGCUGGCGUACAAGCGCCCGGACACGUGCAGUUACAACAACAGCCAGUGCAACAGGAACAGCAACGACAACGACAACGACAGCAAAGUGACAGCAUUGUUGCCGACAACGAGAAGUCAUUAAAAAUGAAUGCAGCUGAUGCGUUCGCCUCCUCAACGCCAUCGCCAUCUGCUGCGGUUAAUGUAGCAACAGCAGUGAGCCCAACGUCCACCAAAAUAGCGGACAAAACAGCGGAACACCAACAAGAGGAUGCGUUUAAUCGCGAAAGCAGCGAAGAAGAUCAGGAUGACGCCUUCCAUCGUUGGCUCACGUCCACCGAAACGAACAACAACAACAACAACAACAAACACAAUACUACCAGCAGCAGCGAUACAAAUAACAAUUCCAUGGAGGACAGUGCGACACCAGCACGUCGCAAAAAUUUGUUUGGUUUCGCUGAGGCGCAAAAUAAUAAUGCAACCAUAGCAACAAAAACAUUGAAUUGUACUAAUCCACAGAGGGGAGGCAACAGGAGCAACAGCAGCAACAGUAACAGCAGAAACAAUAACAAUAGCACAAUUGACAACGUGUAUUUUCGCAGUUCCUACAAUGACUACAGCAGCGAAUACAAUGGCAGUGUGGUGAAUAUCGAUAUACUGCUCACCACGGCGGAUGAGCAACAACAGCAGCAGAAGGCGGAUUUAAUUACGCAGCCAAGCAGUAAUUCACAACAGACGACAGGCACAGGAGCAGCAGCAGCAGUGGUAGCAGCUAGCAACAUCUCCGGCUUAGAGGUGACUACAAAUACAACAACGCUUCCCAUUGCCAGCGUGCAAACGAGCAGUCCAGAGCGACAAUGCAAUGUUAUGGGCACGUUGUACAAAAUCGGCGAUGUACUGCCACAGGAUACCGGAAAUUGCCUACAAUGUGUGUGCAUAGAUGGCUCGACGAGCGAUGACAUGCCGCGCGUCACCUGCAGUCCGCACAAUUGUCCGCCGCUAGUGCUGCCAGAUCUCUUCGAUGCGACAGGAUAUUAAGCAGCACGACAGAUGACUGCAAAAAUCAACCAAUAACAGCAACUACAUACACAAGUCAGCUCAUUCGAUGCAUCGCUGUGAAUUCACUCAAACACACGCACACAUCAACACACACAUACACACAAUGGACAAAGGCGAAAAAUUCUAUAUGAGUGCAUCACUACUGAUGAUAGUGGCAGUAUCAAUAACGAUGCGUUUCGCUGGCAGAUAGCUCAUCAACUAUAGCAACUGAUGUCGUUGAAUGUUGAAAGCUAAUAAAUCAAUAAUCUUCGGUCAAACCAAAAAGUACCGUCAAGGCAUAUCCCCCAACAAAUCAAACUUUCAAAGAAACAUCACGUUAAACGUAUUCUUACACAAACCUUUAUAUACUAAAUAUGUAUGCUGGCGAAAUAAAAU